CACACACAUAUAUACAUGCUCCACUCCCUUUAACUGUUAUAUCCUGUUCUUUGCAUGGGAGGGAUGUUUUUUUAAUGGAAAGCUUUUUAAGUGGUAGAACCUGCCAGGUUUAAUUCACACAGCAUUUCACUUCCAGAAGAACACAGUGUCCUUACUGCUGGAUGCCACAAUGAAGGCCUACCAAGUGGUCUGUUUGAUUUGUAUGAUAAUCCUUCAUGUAUUUGCAAUCGCUCCAGUUAACUUCACACCAACUCUUUUGUCAGACGUGACCGCGCCAGUCACUACCAACACUGUGUACCUAAAGAAGCCAUUCUGUAGCUUUGACAAUAUCACUGACCCACUCUGUGGAACCCCAAGCACGUGUAACAUAUGGCUGGUGUCCGCCCUAGGCUCAGCAAUGAGCACAUUUGACAGCAGCAAAACCAAUCCAAGCUUUAUCAGCUUGUCUCCAUACCCAACUGCAUUCAAACCGGGCCAGAAUAAUUACUCCAUCACUAAAGUUGGUCUUCAGAAUAGUUUCGUCUGCUCAGCUGCUGGUACUACACCUUCAUAUUUCCUAGUCGGAGCAGAUGGGGCUUGUAAUACCGCUAACUGCAAUGGUGUGUUGCCUCAAGGCUCGACUAUGAGUUUCAAGUAUCUUCUUGUCUCUGCAGACAACGUACUUGUUGCAGAGACAAAUUGGUUAACAAACAUUACUCUGAAAACACUGAAAGAUCCAGACAGUCUCGGUAGUGGUUACGCUGGAAGGUCCGCUGCGAUGGUGGUGAUCACAUCGAUUCUUUGCGCUGCCGCAGCUCUCAUUUUGCUGUUGCUGCUCAUUGCCCUGAUUCUGUCCUGCUGCAUCAGCAAAAAGAAAACGCAAUCGUACGAAGCGAGACGUCAGACUUCGUUCAUGGGAUCCCUCCGUAUCCCCAGCUAUGAUGUGCACCACCUGAAGAACCCUUCCCCAUACGACAACCCUGCAUAUGAGCAAGACCUGAAGAAGAGGUACACCAAGACUUCCACCCUGCCGCAGAAAACCCCUACCGUCAUCACCACGGUGCAGUCCAACUCUCCAGAUACCAUCAACAUGCAGAAAAUGUAAAGGCAUACCCAAAUUUGAUUGAAUUCAAACGUGGCUAGCAAUCUGGGAGGCAAAAACACAACAUGCUAAUUUAAUUUUUUUUUUUAAUUGAAAUUGAAUUGGAAAUGUGUUUUAUUUUGGACUAAAUUUGACUAAACAUUCUGCAUUGCCUGGCCAGAAAAAGUCUCCAUCUAGAUUUCACUUAUGUUGGAAGACAUAAACUGCAGUUGUGGGAAAGAUGUUAUUUUUCACAUGGUCAAAUUAUUAGCCUGCAUCAAGUAAAGAAAAAAACAAAGUAUAUUGCUGAAACUACUAAAAUUGGGUUAAGAACUUUCCAACGCAUCAUUAAAACCUGGAAGGAUACUGGUGAACCAUCAUGUUUGAGGACGAAAUGUGGGCGGAGAAAAAUCUUGAAUGAACAUGUAGUGAAAUAAGAUUAUAAUAAACAGGCAAAUUUCAAUACGACAAUGUCAGGAUUCAUCAUGCUCAGAUUUUGAGAGAGGUCAGGUUAUUAAAAGUCUAUUUUGGUCAGGGUUUACAAUUUUGAGCUUCUUGGAGAAAUUUGACACAACCAUUUUGAUCAAAACUGAAAUAGGGCCUACCAAUGAAUUCAACCAACACUAACAUACUUUUUACUAUGUUUAAAAUUUUUACAGCCACAGCAGCAUUUUAAUUAAUGAAAACUCUUAAAAAAUGUUUAAAUAUAUUAAACAUUAUGUUAUAUUAUGUUACAAAAAUGUACACAGCAUUAAAGAAAACAGGGUUUGGUUUAUAAGUUUAUAAUAUAGGGGUUGAGGAAUUAAUGAGAAAUUCUACUUACGCUGGAGUAUAAAAAUAAACGUGUAACUCGGUUAAAAAAAUGCUCAAAUUCUCUCAGUUUGAAUGCAUUAUAAAGUAAAAAGAACAUUUAUGCAACUAAUAAAAUUUAGUUGAUGUCA